AUGGAUAAAUCUUCUAAUGUGUUGGUUAAUAAAAUUGCGCCCUCUCAAGAUAAUUUUGAUAAUCAAUUGGAUGUACCAAAAAAUGACAAGUUAUCAAAUGAUCAAUUUUUAGAAGCUGCUUUGCAGAUCAAAUCUAAUACCCCUAUCUCAGAUAAAAAUUCUGAUCUUACCAAACAAGAUAAUUGA